AUUGUAUAUUCCCGUUGAACGUUCGUUCUUUUGUCAAGAGACAUCAACAUGUCGGUGACAACGACCGCAACCCAAUUGCUGGGCAUCCAGCAUCCCAUCCUGCUCGCAGGAAUGGGCCAGACCUCAGGAGCACCUCUCGCUGCGGCUGUUUCUAAUGCUGGAGGUCUCGGCGUCAUUGGAGGCGUUGGAUACACUCCACAAAUGUUAAGAGACAUGAUCAAAGAACUGAAAGAAACCCUGACCGAUCCAUCUCUACCAUUUGGCGUUGACCUACUGAUCCCACAAGUCGGCGGCAACGCUCGGAAAACUAAUCUCGACUACACAAAAGGCACAUUGGACCAAUUAGUGGACAUCAUCAUCGAAGAAAAGGCCAAAGUCUUUGUUUCCGCCGUCGGCGUUGCACCGAAACAUAUCAUCGACAAACUACACAAGCAUGGCAUCCUGUAUGCUAACAUGAUUGGACACCCUAAACAUGCCCACAAGGUAUGUCAAGCAGGAGCCGAUAUUGUCGUCGCUCAGGGAGGCGAGGCUGGUGGCCACACAGGAGAUAUUGCGACUAGCGUCCUCAUUCCCGCCGUUGCAGACAUCUGCAAGAAAUACACCUCUCCAUUAACCGGCAAGCCCGUCGUCGUUGUCGCCGCCGGCGGAAUCUACGAUGGCCGAGGCAUUGCCGCUGCUUUGAUGCUAGGCGCUAGCGCCGUCUGGGUGGGCACUCGAUUCGUGACAGCUAAAGAGUCUGGAGCACCAGAAGUUGCGAAGAAGGCUAUCGUCGAAGCCAAUUUCGACUCCACUAUCAAGUCCACCAUUUGGACCGGUAGACCGUUGCGAGCUCUUGCAACUCCAUAUGUCCGUCAUUGGGAGACGGAGCGAGCUCAGGAGAUUAAAGAUUUGCAAUCAAAGGGUAUUAUCCCUCUUUACCAUGAAAUGGAGGUCUUGGAAAAGGAGAACCGACUCACGGAGGAGAUCGAGGAUCAAUCUACUUUGAGGCCAAUGGGUCAGGUCUCAGGUCUGGUCAACACGCCCGGUCAAACGGCGGGUGAAAUCGUGAAGGAGAUGAUGGAUGAAACUAUCAAGUCUCUUAGUGCCGCCGGCGGCUAUCUCAAGGCUUCGUCCAAGCUGUAAAAGAUGCACCAGUGGAUGGAACCUACCGGACAGUUUCAAGGGCCGGGUUAGGACAAGGCCGACUCUACUAUUGUCGGCGCCAGGACCAAUGUAAUAAGGCUAUGGAUGCACAACAAUAACUACAAGGUAAAUUAC